GACCGUAUACCCUUCUCCAAUAUCAAUAUAUAUCUUCCAUUGUGAAUCUAACACUAGACCAUCCUGCAAGAACACCAUUAGCAUUGUUUUGUGAUUAGGUGAACUAAUUAAGUUGAGGAAUGACGAAGGUGUACCCAAAGGUAGCUCGUGUAUCUGAGCCAUCCGAGAGGCAAAAAGAAUCCACAGACGGCAAUCAUAGUGCCGCAGCGGUGGUCCUCACGGUGUGGAAGAAGUCUCUGUUGCCAAAUUGCAAUGGAUUCACCGUCUUCAAUAGCCAAGGGAGUCUUUUAUUCAGAGUAGAUAACUACAUAGCAAGAAAUAAAGAUGAGAUUCUUCUCAUGGAUGGUGCCGGCAGACCCCUCCUCACAAUCCGCCAUAAGAGGCUAAGUUUUGGAGAAAAUUGGCUAGUGUACGAAGGAGAGGCAUCGGGAAAACCUCUCUUCACAGCGAAGAAGCAUGUCAACAUCCUAAACAAAAGGUGUUUGACACAGCUUCUUCGCUGUGAAGAUGGCCAUAAGAAGAAGGAAGUCGCAUAUGAGGUUGAGGGUUCAUAUUCUCAGCGUUGCUGUGCAGUUUUUGAUAACAAAAGGAGAAAGGUUGCAGAGAUAAAGAAGAAAGAGGCUGUGGCUGGAGGAGUUGCUUUUGGUGCAGACAUCUUCCGUCUGAUUGUGCGGCCUGACAUGGACACCACUCUUGCCAUGGCCUUUGUCAUCCUCCUUGAUCAAAUGUUUGGAUCAUGAGAUUCUCCUCUUCUUGAGUAAUUAAUAAUCAUCACUUUUUUUUUUUCUUUAGAUAAAUUUUCAACUUUUUUGUGUGUUUUUGGCUGGCAAAAAAAUAUGGAUGAAGUUUUGAUCUUUUUUCACACCAGAACUUUUUACACUGUAUAUCUCUACAACUUUUCCUUUUACAGAAAAUUGGACAAAAUGGAAAAGUAUAGGGACAGUGUGAAAAAAUUGAGUGUGGAUGAUGAUCUCUAUUAUCAUCACUUCUCCCAUUACAUGCAAUAUGCUGCCGCCACACCUUAGCUGUAUUACCAACUCCCAUGUGAUCAUAGAAGUUAAGAUCCUCGAGUUUGGUUUUUUCAUUUUAUAUAAAAUUCCAAGCUCCAAUUGAGGAUGUACAUACAUCCAUUCUCUUCAUUUUAGAAUGAAGAAUGGAAGAUUAAUAAAGAAAAGAUGAUUAUUGA